ACCAGAUCGGUGGGAGGUGGUCUGUCACCUUUGACAUGUCCUCCAUCUCUGCAAGUGACAAGGUCCAGCGCUCCGAGCUGCGGAUCCGCCUGCCUGCAUUCUCUGCCUCUAAGCGUGUCACUGUGGACAUGUACCACUCCCAGAGAUGCUCCUACUCCAGCCCGCCAUGCCCAAAGGAGAGCCUCUUCCUGGGCCACCUGAAGGCAGAGCCAAGCUCUCUGACCUCCACAUCCAACUGGAGGGUGUUCAACGUCACCGCCUUGCUCCACUACUACUGGCUGCACCAGAGAGGCUCCGCACUUGGCCAGGAAGUGCCCAGGCCAGUGGAGAGAGAGGAGGAGGAGGGGCAAGAGAGGGUCCUGCACCCCACAGCCGACCGGGUCAUGGUGGUGGUCUUCUCCAAGCACCAGGCAGAGAAGCGGGCUCCCACCCUCAUCCACACCGCUGAGCACUCCAAGUACGUCACUCUGGACUGGGAGCGAGCUAGAGCUGGGGCCGACCCUGCUGCCAGCGUAGAGGUAGAGGGCGGAAAAGGAACCAGUCGCAGGAAAAGGCAUGGGUACCACCAGAGAGCAGGAGUGGCUGGGGUGGCCCCUGGUGUGGCCCCCAUGGAGGAGAGGAAGGACCCAUUGUGCAGGAAGGUGGACAUGUGGGUGGACUUUGACCAGAUUGGCUGGAACGAGUGGAUUGUUUACCCCAAGCGCUACAAUGCCUACCGCUGUGAGGGCAGCUGCCCUACCCCAGUGGACGAGACCUUCACCCCCACCAACCAUGCUUACAUGCAGAGUCUGCUGAAACUUCACCACCCAGACAGGGUCCCAUGCCCGUUCUGUGUGCCCACCCGCCUGGCCCCUCUCUCCAUGCUGUACUACGAGAACAGUGAGGUGGAGACGCGGCACUUUGAGGGUAUGGUGGUGGAGGAGUGUGGUUGCCACUGAUCAGCCUGUGUGCCAACAU